CUGGCCCGCCCGGUGCGGGGACAGACGCCGCGGGUCGGCGUUCCUCGUUGGGCAGAGCAGUGAGGGGGCUGGGGCCAAGGGUGCGGGCGGAGUGGAUUGAGCUGCCGGGAGGCCGGUGUCGGGGUCGCCCUGGGGCGCGCGGUCGGCCCGGGAGCACGGACGUCCCGCCCCGCGGCCUAGGUUUCGCUUUCCUGGAGCCCGGGAGGUUCUUAACGUUCCGACACACCUGAGCCACGCCCAUCACCAUCUUUGCCAGGAAAUCCAUACCUAGGCAAAGGCGUCGCCUCAGCCCCCAACCCACGUCUGUGACCCCGACAUCUGGCCACACGUUACCUGUGGUGACAGAACCCUUCUCAACUGCGUUAACACGUGAGUGCCACCCAGGAUCACACCUCCUCCCAGCAGAGGGCCGCACUGCCUCUUCACUCCGGAUCUUGCAGCGGGAGCGAUGGCCAUGGCUCCAGAAAGGGGAGCCCCACGCAUGCUCUUUGGAGACUGGCUUCUGGGCGAGGUCAGCAGCGGCCGAUACGAGGGCCUGCGGUGGCUGGACGCGGCCCGCACAUCCUUCCGUGUGCCCUGGAAGCACUUCGCACGAAAGGACCUAGGCGAGGCCGACUCUCGUAUCUUCAAGGCUUGGGCUGUGGCCCGUGGCAGGUGGCCGCAGCCCAGUGGGAGCGGAAAGGACCGGCUGACCCCUGAGGAGGCGCUCCGGGCGGGCUGGAAAACCAACUUCCGCUGUGCACUACGCAGCACCAAGCGCUUCGUGAUGCUGCAGGACAACUCUGGGGACCCCACCGACCCGCAUAAGGUGUACACGCUCAGCUCGGAGCAGAGGUGCAGAGGAGGUCCAGGCAGUAACCAGGUGGCAGAAGAGGCCCUUGAAGAUGCCCCACCCAUCACUGGUGGGCACUCCAGGCCAUGCCUGACAGGGCGGGCUGGUGAGAGACCUGGGCCGGGGCCGAGUCCUGAGCCCUGGCCCCUGAGCGUUUCCUGCCCAUCUGGUGAUGCUGGAGACCUCUUGCUCCAGGCUCUGCAACAGAGCUGCCUGGAGGACCAUCUGCUGGAAGCUGCAUGUGGAGGGGACCCAGCCCCCCCAGAGGCUCCUGAUACAGGUCCAGCCCCUGCUCUGGAGCCCCAGCAGCCCCCACAAGAGGUGGAGCCCUGCACCACACCAGGUGCCCCUGCAGCAGCUGAUCAGGGUCUGGCUGGGCCCAGCUGCCUACAGCUUGGUCUGCAUGCAGAGCCCAGCCUCGGGGCCCUGGACGUGACCAUCAUGUACAAGGGCCGGACAGUGCUGCAGGAGGUGGUGGGGCGCCCGAGCUGUAUGUUCCUGUACGGGCCCCCCAGCCUGGCUCCUGAGGCCAUGGAGCCCCAGCCUGUGACCUUCCCCAGCCCUGCUGAACUCCCUGACCAGAAGCAGCUUCACUACACAGAGAAGCUGCUGCAGCACGUGGCCCCCGGCCUACAGCUGGAGCUCCGGGGGCCCAGGCUGUGGGCCAGGCGCCUGGGCAAGUGCAAGGUCUACUGGGAAGUGGGUGGCCCCCUGGGCUCCACCAGCCCCUCCACCCCUGCCCGCCUGCUGCAAAGGAACCAGGACACCCCCAUCUUUGACUUCAGCACCUUCUUCCAAGAGCUGGGGGAGUUCCAGGCUCGCCGACGCCAGCGCUCCCCCCACUACACCAUCUACCUGGGCUUUGGGCAGGACCUGCCGGUUGGGAGGCCCAAGGAGAAAAGCCUAGUCCUGGUGAAGCUGGAGCCAUGGCUGUGCCGGGCAUACCUGGAGGGUGUGCAGCGCGAAGGAGCUUCCUCCCUGGACAGUGGCAGCCUCAGCCUCUGCCUGUCCAGCUCCAACAGCCUGUUUGAGGACCUGGAGCACUUCCUCAUGGAGGUGGAGCCUGCCUAGGGCCAGACCACAUGCCCCCAUCCAAUAAAAAUGACCCAAGA